AUGAGACAGGACUGGGCCGUAUCUCCACACGGGUUUGGGUGGUGACUGAAAGAGAUAGGGAAGAUGUGUCUAUUACUCCCAAGAUCGAUAAUGGGACUUUUACUUUUUUCUUGCAGGUAAAGUAGGAAGAAAAAGAAAAAAAAUAAACAGCAUUGGCAGGACAGAGAAAAAAUAAUACUGACACCAUGACAUUCAUUUGAAAAGACACCAGAAGAUUAUACUUCGCACAAUUUCUAUCAUGAAACCACUAUCCAAUACCCUCGAUCCACCACCUCAGUGGAAUCUCUCCUUGUUAUGGCUCCCUCUACAUCGUUCUCUGGCGACAAUCUUGCCACUUUGACCUUUAGAUCGAUCAAGUCCACUCUCUCAAACGGUUCCAUCUCGUUGGAACCCAUCCACUCCGACAUUGUCAAGCUCCAGACAUCCAAUGCCAACAUUUCGGGCGUCUUUGAGGCUGGCCACGUUGAUCUGAGUUCUUCAAAUGGAUCUAUUUCUGUAGAACUCAAUAUGAAAGAUGCAAUCGAUGGUGAGCAGUCCAAAGUCUUGACUCAAACUUCGAAUGCAUCGAUCGAUAUGCAUGUGACGGCCACAGAGACUUCUCAUGGUCUUUGGAUGAAGAUUUUGACCAGGAAUGAUCGGAUCUCUGUAGGAGCUCUCAUAGGCAAAGCCGAUCGUGCCUCAUCGAUCAAUGCCUCGACCUCAAAUGCAAAAAUUAACUUCAAUGUCGAUGCCAGUCAAACGGGACAGGCUUUGGAGAUUGUGAACAAGACUACAAAUGGUGGUAUUGUCUCAUCCGUCAUGGCGCCCAAGGAUAGGCCUUUGAAGGGUAUCGCAGAGUCAUCAAAUGCUUCUAUUUCUGUCAACUUGACCGAGGAGUUUGAAGGCAAGUUCAGACUCGAAACUAGCAAUGCAUCCACAAUCGUCGAAGGCACACAUUUGGUUUUGGAACAUGAUAAGACAUACUUAAAGAAUGGAUACCGUAUCAAGAAGGGACCUAGUGAGUUCACUGCCCUCAGCUCCAACGGUUCAGCAGCCCUGCGGUUCUAUCCCGCCGGUCUCAGCUCGGCUUCAGCUUGAACAAAGAAUGAGAAGGGCAAAAAAGGAAAGUAAAAGCUUAAACAAUAAACAUGACCUGUGCAAUCGUGUUUCUAUGUUCGAUGACAGCUCCAGCACCGUGUUCCUUUUCUUUCUCUCUCCCUCCCUCUUUUUUUCAUACUGCGAUUUAACAUGAAAAAUAAGUACUAUAUUCAGCAUAUUUGCGAUAUCGCCGAA